CAUACACCCUCCCCCUCUUCCUUCUUGUAACUGUACAGUUACACUGAGGAGCAGUUUAUGUCCAGGUAGACAUUACUAUUACAUACACACCUCAUUUAACCCACCCAAGUUUACUGAGAAGGAAGGGAGAAAAGGCGGAGGCUGUUAGUACCUUUUCUGGACAGCUAACCUGGGUGGCCUGGAUAACACACCUGUGUGAGCUUCACUGGAGAAUGUAGCUGUAGCCCUCCAGCCAAGCCACAGGAAACACACCAACAUGGGAGAAGUUCAAAAGGGCUUACUCUCUGUCAUAGAGAAACUGAAGGGAUCCACAGAGCAGGAGGUCAGGAUAGUGCUUCUGGGGUUGGACAAUGCUGGAAAGACCACCCUACUGAAAAGCCUCGCCUCUGAGGAUGUCAACACUAUCACACCAACACAGGGCUUCAACAUAAAGAGCGUUGCCUCUCACGGGAUGAAACUUAACGUCUGGGACAUUGGAGGACAGAGGAAGAUCAGGCCCUUCUGGAAAAAGUACCUGGAAAACACAGACUUGUUGAUUUAUGUUAUUGACAGUGCAGACAAGAAGCGCUUUGAGGAGACAGGGCUGGAGCUGUCUGAGCUGAUUGAUGAGGAGAAUUUGAAAGGCGUUCCACUGCUCAUCUUUGCCAAUAAGCAGGAUCUGGCCACAGCAUCACCGGCCAGUGAGAUCGCUGAGGGGCUCAACCUGCAUACAUACCGGGACCGUGAGUGGCAGAUUCAGGCCUGCUCUGCUGUUUCUGGCGAGGGAGUUCAGGAUGGGAUGAACUGGAUUUGCAACAACAUUGUGAAUAAGAAGAAGUGAACCAUCAUCCCAAGCAACACUGACUGGAGUGAAACAGUGCAGGCAACACACGAGGGAAUUUUAAAAAAUAAUGUUACUUUCAUUUCAUGUAAUAUCCCCAGACAUCACUUCUAACAGAUUCAGGGCCCAUUACAGAUUUAAAGAAUACGUUUGUUUUUACAAUUUGUGACAUUUUUAUGAAGAUUUUGCACAGGUAGCUGAUAUAAAGAAUCGUUUUAGCCCCAGAGAGUGACUUAGGUAUUUAUUAAUCAUUCUUCUGUCCUUUACAAGCAUAAUUUUGUUCCUUGUGUUCACAUUUCUUCAACCUGUUUGUUUUCUCAGAGGAGAAAAAGCUGGUGUGUGUAGCCAUGUAGUGAUCUGUCAGUUACAUAAACACCAGUUCAGUAUGAGUGUAACGUAUGUGUUAUGAGAUUUUUGACAAUUAAACCAAUUAGUCAUUUCUGC